AUGAAAGAAAAUGAAGAUGAAAUUAAUAAAACCGAUGAAAAAUAUAAAAUUAAAAAUCCAAGUAAUAAUGGUAAUAAUAAAAAUAAAAACAAUAACAAUAAUAAUAAUAAUAAUAAUAAUAAUAAUAAUAAUAAUAAUAAUAAUAAUAAUAAUAAUAAUAAUAAUAAUAAUAAUGGUAAUAGUAAUUUAGAAAAUAUAGAAGGUUUAAAUAAAUAUAAUAUAUAUAAAAAGAAAAAAGGUAAAAAUGAAAGUAAUACAAGUUUAAAUAAUAUAUAUAUAAGUUCACCAAAUUUAUCAGAAAGAAGUGAUAAUUCAAUUGGAAGCUAUUGUACAAAUAAAACCAUGAAAUCCGAAAACUCGAUUAUUAAUAUAGAAACAUUAUUCAGAGAUAGUGUUAGUGAACAAAAUAGUGACGAAUGUGGUAGUAAAGUUGAUAAAGAUUUGGAUGAAGAUGAUGAUGAUGACGAUGAUGAAACCGAAGUCCCAGAACUUGUAGAUUACUCUGAAAUGAUUGUUAGUAUACUAUACCCUGUUUGUAUAACAAUGGUUAUUGUUGUAUUAGCGAUAAGAGCAAUUUCAUCAUCAACAUCAAAAAAUUCACAAAUAGUUGAAAUAUCAAAUGAUAAUAGUGGUGGUAAUGGUGAUUCAAGUAGUGGUGCAGAUAAAAUGGUUUUUGAUUCGGUAGUAAACUCAUUAAUAUUUUUAGCAGUAAUUAUACUCAGUACAACAAUUAUGGUUGUUUUAUAUAAAUUCAAAUUAAUGAAAGCAUUAUAUGCAUGGUUAAUGGGUACUUCAAUCUUAUUAUUGGGUGUUUUUGGUGGUUUUUUAUUUUUAAUUUUAUUAGCCUAUUUAAAUUUGGGACUUGAUUAUGUUACAUUUGUAAUUGUAGUUUGGAAUUUUAGUGUCGGUGGUAUUGUUUGUAUAUUUUGGUAUUCACCAAAACUUUUAAAUCAAGGUUAUCUAAUUAGUAUUAGUGUUUUGAUGGCAUUGUUUUUCUCGAGACUACCAGAUUGGACAACAUGGGGUAUACUUUCAAUUGUAUCGAUUUAUGAUAUUUUUGCCGUUUUAUGUCCUGGUGGACCUUUGAGAAUUUUAAUUGAAACUGCCCAAAAAAGAAAUGAAAAUAUUCCUGCAAUGAUUUAUAAUGCAAGUAUUUACAUUGGUAUGAUUUAUAAUGAAGAUAAUUUGGAAAAUAAUAAUAAUAAUAAUAAUAAUAAUAAUAUUGAACUAAAUAUUAAUGAAGUUGAUAUUGAAAACAAUAAUAAUAAUGAAGAUGAGAAUAAAAAUAAUACUGAAGAUGGGAAUAAUAAUAAUAAUAAAAAUAAAAAUAAUAAUAAUAAUAAUAAUAAUAGAAUUGAAAAUGAAAAUGGUGCAGAAAAUUCAUCUGAAAAUGGUUCAAUUACUCCACCACCUACAAUUCCAAAUUUUAUUAAAGAUGAAAAAGAAAUAAAUCGAUCAUCUGGAUCAAAUGGAUUUCCAAAUUUUAAAAAAUGUGCAAAUGAUAAUAUUUUAAUUGGGGAUGCUGAAACAAACGACGAAAUAGUUUCAAAUGCUGAAUCAAGUAUUGACUCUACUAUUAGUGAAUCAUAUGUAAAACCAAAACAAUCAAUUAGACUUGGGUUAGGUGAUUUCGUUUUUUAUAGUGUUUUAAUUGGUAAAGCUGCAUCUUAUCAAAUUACUACUGUUUUUACUGUUUUUAUUGCAAUUAUUACUGGUUUAUUUUUAACUUUGAUACUUUUGGCAGUUUUUAGAAGAGCAUUACCAGCAUUACCAAUGAGUAUAAUAUUUGGAAUUAUUGUUUUCUUUUUAACAUUUAAAAUAUUAAUUCAGUACAUUUACUUUUUGGGUGAAAAUCAAAUAUUUGUAUAG